AUGGGCUCUUACUCUUACGCUCCUCGAGAGUUCCAGGAGUGGGUAGAUCGACGUCAAAGUUCCCUGUCUGCCUCCACAGUGUCGUCUGCGUCAACAAGUAUCCUCUUCCCGAGCCCCGCGACAUCUCCAGGGUCCAGCUCGAGGAAGCAAUCCUGGCAGUACUACGAUGAUGUCGUGCGGCUCGAGCUGACCCCCUCUGUGCAAAUUUCUUUUGUCAGAAAUGGUCAGCUAUUCAAGCUGAAAUACAAAUUCAUUGAUAUCUGCAAGGACUCAACGGGCGCAUUGAGAUGUCUCGAGCUCGGGGGAGGUCUCGGCCAGCAAACACCUUUUAUCCACGGCUUCUCCAACACAAAACUGCCCGUCCCUCACCUUGAACACCCGAAAUCAGGCAACGAUUAUCCUCUUCGCAUAUCCUUUAUGGACCAGCAGACUGUCCAAACAGGAAACACGGUGUUCAUGACACAGCUAUCAUAUAAAUUUGAUCAUUGGGAUGAUUGUGUACGAUUCCAAGAACUACUACUCGGCUCCAAGUUGAUAUUUAUCGGUGGGAUGGCCGAGGCCAAAUCUAAAGGUCGGGGUGAAGAGUGCAUCAGCCAAAAUCUUCGCAUCCUUCGCGGGAACAACGGGAAACGCGUGAUGUUAUUCUUUGCUAACUCCCAACGGAGAGAGCUCAAACGAUAUAUUUCCAUUCCCUUAAAUUGUGUCGGGUCCAUUAAAACCCCGAAGAAGGCUGGGCGGCCAGCCAUACUUGAUCUAAAUCCGAACUUCGACAUUCUCUCACAAAUGAGAACUUUUACGAUUCAGUUUCUUGACGACGAUGACUGCAAAACAUUUUGUCAGAUGUUAUCAUACGACCUGACGAUUGGAUGA